GCACGUACAACGUAGGCUACAAUAGGCACGUAACGUAGUCGCUUAUUAAACCGAAAACUUUCCUGGUUAUCGGUUCUCUGGCUAGGAUACCCGACAGUUUCGCCGUUAAGCCCAUUGCCAUUUUGCUCAACUAUGUCCGCUAUUAUUAGAAGAAUCAUCAACACCAAGAAAGCUCCGGCGGCUAUUGGACCUUACAGCCAGGCCGUGGUGGUGGACUGCACGGUGUACAUCUCUGGCCAGCUAGGGAUGGAUCCAGUCUCUGGCCAGCUGGUAGCGGGAGGAGUGCAAGCCCAGACCAAACAAGCUCUCAUAAACAUGGGCGAGAUUCUGAAGGAGGCUGGGUGUGGAUAUGCAAAUGUUGUGAAAACCACAGUUCUUCUGGCAGACAUCAAUGACUUUGUCAGUGUUAAUGAUGUCUACAAAGAGUUCUUCCAGAAAAGCUUUCCUGCACGAGCAGCCUACCAGGUUUCCGCACUUCCUAGAGCUGGACUAGUUGAGAUCGAAGCUGUGGCCGUCCUUGGCCCCAUCACAGAUGCCUGAAAAGCCUUACAGACCACGCGCUCUUUAACUGGACAGAAAUCAACACUACCAAACAUGUGCCUUGAAGAUUCCGCUCGUGCACAACGUUCAUAUUCCUCGUUGUGGAGGAUAUUCUAUUAACUCCAUGUAAAUGCAGAUUAAUUAUGUUCUAAUCUUAAAGGGAUUGGAGUGUGGGGUUUGAUUAGGCCAUGUAGGGCUGUCCAGGACGCUGCUGGGAACUGCACCUCCCUCCCUCGUCACCAGGCUGCUUUCACUUGCCUCAUUAACUCUUAAUGAGCUGCGUUUGGGGCCGCUCUCCUGAUAGCUGCGGCCUGUUUUGUUUUCCUCCGCUUCAUAUUUCAGCAUUGUGCUGAGUGGCUGAUCGUCCCUGAGGAUAUCUGCAGCUCCUCUCUGUACUAACUCAUGGAUGGCUUAGCUUAGCUUAGUUAAAUUUUAGCUUACCUUACGAUGAAAUUUGUAUUCACAUUCUCAUUCUCAAAUCACAGAAUACUACUGGCUGUAAAAUAAUCAACUGUCCUGUCUGAAUUUGUUUACUUGAUCAUUUUGCUCAGAUUUACUUUUGACUGAUGAAUUGGUACUAUGUAGAAACAUUGCACUAUUUUCAUUGAAUAUGAAUAUGUACAAUUGAAAUAAAAUCAUGAGUCUUA